UCAGAUAGCAUAUUUAUUAUCUCGUAGUUUUUAAAGUUCGCACAAAUUAAUAACAAUGAGAUUCACACACAAAAAUACUGUAAUUUUUACUGUUCUGUUCCUGUGUUCAUUUCAAACUAUCAUCGCCAAUCAUCAACUUAAGCAACGAUUAAAGACUUGGGAAACUAUAUCUUCCGACGAUAUUACUUUUCAUAGAUCAAAAAGAAGUUUGGAUGGCAAAGUUCCAACUGUUGAUAAAGAGGUAUCUUUCAAUGCAUUCCAACGUCAUUUUCAUUUAUCUCUUGUACCUUCAUCAGCAAUCUUUGCUCCAAAUUUCAAAGCUGCUGUUUAUGGUCGAAAUGGUAGAGAAGAAGUAACUCUGGAUAAAACAAGCCUAUUUACGGGAAGCGUGAUGGGUGAGUCAGGGUCUUACGUUCAAGCACAUUUAAAUGGAAAAGAAUUAAUGGCGAGCAUCAAAACGAAGCAAGAUACGUAUAUAAUCGAACCAUCGUGGCGACAUUUACCUGAGGAUAAAGAUAAAUUAAUGAUUUACAGACGUUCAGAUCUUAACAUGACACGAUUGGGAAAUCCUCAUAAAAAUGACAGUUAUUGUGACGUCAAAUCUAUCAUGGAUGAUAUUCAUCAGAAUCAAAAAAAACAAGAGAAGAAACCGGUAACGUCAACACAUCAUAGGUCAAAACGUUCCGCAAGCAAAAGGCUGAAAAUUUGUACCCUAUCACUUGUGGCCGAUCACAGAUUUUAUAAAGAAAUGGGGAACAGCAACUAUCAACAAACUAUGUAUUAUUUAAUUAACCUUAUUGAAAGAGUGAACCGAAUUUUUAAAACAACAAACUGGGGUUCGGAAGAAGGAACUGACGAAUACACUGGAUAUGGAUUUCAAAUUGCUGACAUUAAAGUCUAUAAAGAAAGCACAUCGGAACCAAGCUUCAAUUCCGACAGCACAUCGUGGUCGGCGAAAGGAUUGUUAGAAGCAUUCAGCGAACAUAAUCAUGGAAAUUGCCUGGCUCAUCUUUUUACAUAUGUUGAUUUUAAUAAAGGCGUACUUGGAUUGGCAUAUGUUGGGGCUAGUAAGCUCGACGCUGUUGGGGGGAUCUGCACUGACCCAUAUGAAAGAGGUAAUGGCAAGCCAAUUUGGUAUCUCAAUACUGGUUUAACAACAACUCGUAAUUGGGGACAAAGAAUUUUAACGUUAGAAGCCGAUCUUGUUACAACGCAUGAACUAGGUCAUAAUUUUGGUGCCGAACAUGACAACGGUGAAGUCAAAGCAUGCAGUCCUGGACAGUCGAACAAUGGUAACUUCAUCAUGUAUCCUGCUGCAGUAAGUGGUGAACAUGAAAACAAUGAUAUGUUUUCCAUAUGUAGUAAAAAUAACGUUCUUCCGUGUUUGAAAACAAAAGCAACAAAAUGUUUUCAUAAAGCUAAGGAAAACUUCUGUGGGAAUUUUAAGGUAGAAGAAGGAGAGGAAUGCGACGCUGGAUAUUUUGGUGCAAACGUAGAGGACGCUUGUUGUUCGAAGGAAUGUAUGCUGAAAGAAGGGGCAACUUGUAGUCAAAAAAACUCAGUUUGUUGCAAUGAGAAUUGUCAGGCAGCAAGCAAGACAACCCUAUGUUACAGUGAAGUCCCAGAGUCUUGUUUAAGAGAUACGUUUUGUGACGGACAAAAUUUUACCUGUCCAGAUCAUUUGCAUAAAGAUGACAAUGCAGAAUGCGGAGACGAAGGUAGAUGUAAAGGUGGCAAAUGUCAACCAUUUUGUGCUACUGUGGGAAUGAAACCUUGUUUAUGCACUGACAAAAAAGAAAACUUUUGUUUGCGAUGUUGUGCACCUGCGGGAUCUUCUGGAGAUGAAAUGAUAAGAGAAUGCAAACCUUACAAACCAGGAAACGUCACACAUAAACUGAGGAAUAAUGCUAAAUGUACUCUCGGAUAUUGUAAUGAUAACGAAUGUGUGAAACAGACACAAGAUGUUAUUGAAAGAGUAUGGAGUAUAUUUGAACAUAUUGCACCCGAUAAAAUAGGCGAAUUUCUUGCUGAUAAUAUCGUUGGCGCAGUUUUGGUGUUUUCACUCUUAUUUUGGAUUCCUUGCGGUUGUCUUGUUAAUUUUGUUGACAAACAACGGGAAAAACAACGAAGAGAAGACGAUAACUGGUUUACUUCUAAAGGACAUGAAUUUUCGAGAACUAACGCGUAUGGCGGAAUGUUUGGAUCUUCCAAUGCACUUCAUCAAGUACAGAAAGCUAACGCUCUUAAUAUUGCCGCAGCAAAAGCGGGCUUUGGUGCGAAGGAUCAGUGGCGAGCUUCUAAGGAUAAAGGAGCAGUAGUAAGAAAAUCACAGGAGAAAUUAACAGAUAGUACGAAUGGUCUCGAUGAUCGAGUUGGAAGAGGGGACGCAAUCGUAGUGACGGGUGACAACAGAAAUGCUACUGAAGACGAUUCAUGGCAAAAAUCCGGGAUUUUUUCGAAGCCAAAAAGUAAUUUCGAUCUUAAUAAUGACAAAAAUACUCCUAGUGCAAGCAGGUCAAGUACACCGAGGCCGCAAUUGGUUCGUCAACGAGAUGUAGGAUCUGAAGAAGCCGAUUCGUAACAUGUUACAUAAUAAUAUUAUUUAGGUAUAAUUAUUUCGUUAACUAUCGCUAUUUGCUUGACAAAAUUAAAUUUUACUAAAGUUUUUAAAGCUUUGAUUUGAAACUUUUUCGUACAGCAAGUCUUGCAGAAAUAUUGCUACUUUUUGUUCAAGAAGUUUCUUUUGCUUGAAUAUGAGUAUUUUGUAAAUCUGGGGUUCAUGUGCAUCAAUGCGAAAAUAGUUUUUGACUGAACUGGUGAUACUUCACAUUCCGUAGCCAAUACUGAGUUAAAAUUAACCCACCAUGCUGUUCAAACACAGUGCUUAAACUAGAAUUUUUUGAAAGUGUCAGCAUGAAGCACAUAUCUUUUACAAUUUUAUGUACUUGCCAAGUAUGGUAAUAGGAUGCUGAAUAGAAUACAGUUUGACUAUAAAACAAACCAUUGGAAUUAAAUCAUCUUUCGAUGUAUUGCGGCUCUUACUCAGAAAUAAUAGUUUAUGUAUUGAUAUGGAUGUGCUCAAUGCCAAGCGAAUGUCAGUUGAGACGAGAUAAAGUAGUUCAUAUAAAGCUAUUGAUGUUCCGAAUUUCCGCUUUUAAAAGAAUCCUAAACGUCUUGUUUACUUUUUUUUUUUAACAUCCUUUUUUGUGCUUAAAAUCGUGUCAACUGCCAUUUAUUUUUAUUAUACCUUCUAUUGAUUGUAUUUGUUAAUAUGUUAUAUUAUGAUACACAUUAUUUUGUACACUCUUUCUUCAUAAAUCCCUUAAGAUAACCAUUCAAAAAAAAGAAUAAAUUUCAAAUAAUGUCUAACCUCUAAAGGUAUGUAGUUUUGAAAUUGGUGUUGGGAAAACUAUCAAUUACCAUUCUUAGCAAUGGUUUUUGUUCAGUUUUUUUUUUUUUUCAAUUUUUCCACCCAACUACAUUGUUAAGUAUUGGAUAUAAUUUUGUUUAAAGAAAGUUUGACUUUCGUCAUAUUCAAAAGCUUAAGCUUUAUUUCUUACAAUGCAUAUAUUUAGUUAUUUGAUCAAAUUAAUGCAUUUUUGCACCAAAAUCCAAAAUAUACUCAACUUAUGUAAAAUUAUUAUGAAUUGAUUGACAACAAUAGUUAAUAAGUUGUUCGUUUUGGGAUUUUUUGUUUUUCCAGCUAUGGCCAUGAAUAUUUUUCUUAAAACACUGCAUCGGUCAGAUUACUUCAGUUUGGCUUGCCAAGAUUGCUUUUCUAAGUCUUAUUGUUUUAACAAUUUGUUUACGUCGUUUUUGUACUGAAUAUUAUUGCAGUAUUUCCCUUGUCUUUCUUUUGUUUCCAAUCGCAGUCUAAUGAUAUUUUAUUGUUUUAUGAAUAUAUGCAUACUUGCUAAAAUCCAAUAUUUGACAAUACUUUGCUUAUCAUUAUCAAUAUAUAGCGAUGUGGAAUUUUACUGAACACUUUGUGUGGGUAAAAAGAAUACAUUUCUUCGCUUGUGAUAA